CUCACGGCACGGACGUUGGGAUUCAUUGGAAAAGGGAUUUGGCCUGCUAAUUCCUCUCCGAUAUUUUUGUCUUUUCGUCUAAAGCCUCACAACCGCAAUGCCCUAGCAGGAUUCCUUGGAAUUCGAGAUAUUUGCAGCUUGGCAAUCUGACUUGUUACGACUAGGAUCACUUCUACAUCAGAUCUAGUAGUGAUUGUAUCAAAUGAUAAGACGGCCAGCUAUGACGAAAAUUUGACCUGAAUAUACACGCUAGAAUACAUUCAUCGCACCGCACAUCAUACAUGUCGCCUCGCGCCCUGCUUUAGACGCUCCGCUUACACCCAGAUCGGACAUCCUUGUUGGGUCUUGGAUCCGCAUUGACGAUACAACCUCACAUGAGACUGGCACCGCAACUAUCGAUUUAAAGUUACUACGUUCUUUUUUCGGUAUACCGUUUUGCGAGGACUUCUUUUUAGAGAGGUCUUGAUCAGCAAUCAGCAACGCAAGUCUAGGAGAGACGGAUAAUGGUACCCGAGGGUGGCGCUGAGAGGGCGUUCCAGGACGACCUUAGCGUCAGUCUGCUAUGCCCAGACUGUCGAGAAGAUCCGCCAAACUUGGUGGAGGAAUUUUCUAGUGGUGACGUAGUCUGCACAAGCUGUGGACGAGUCGUGGGAUCCCGGGUGAUUGACACUCGAUCGGAAUGGCGCACGUUUGCCAAUGACGACCAAAACGGCGAUGACCCCAACCGCGUAGGCGGCCCGCGGGAUGAAUUUGUCGACGACGAGCAGCUAGCUACUACUGUCGGCUUCAGCGAGACCAAAGCGCACAAGAUCCUGUCACGGACACAAACGACGACCACACAGGGCCGGCAGCAAAAGGGCCUGCUGCAGGGCUACAAGGAGAUUGUGUCGUUUUGCGAGGCCAUCAAUGUCGGUCAAAACAUCACCAAUGCUGCCAAACACAUAUACAAGCUUGUCGAUAAACAUCGGACACUACGUGGCAAGCCGCAGCAGGCGAUUGUCGCGGGCUGCAUCUUCAUUGCGUGCCGGCAGAACAACACGCCGCGGUCAUUUCGCGAGAUUUGCAGACUGACGAAUGUCGGGCUGAAAGAGAUGGGCAAGAUCUUUAAUUUACUUCAGAAUAUCCUGCAGCAGACGCAGGAGGCAUCGGAAGUUGGCGCGACAGGACUGAAUACGGUGUCUAACUACGAGAACGUGCGGGUGUCGGCGGAGGACAUGUGUGGCCGCUUUGUGUCGCAGCUGGGAUUCAAGGCGCAACAGAAGAUUAGCAAGAUGUCCAAGGAGAUUGCGGAGAUGGAAGUUACAAAGUCGGUGCUGUCGGGGCGCUCGCCGCUGUCAAUAGCGGGUGCGUGUAUCUAUGCGGCGUGCCAUCUUGUUGGUGAGAAGAGGACGUCGGCGGAAAUUGCGGCGCAGGCUGGAUGUAGCGAUGGCACGGUGAGGACGGCGUAUAAGUUGCUGCAUGCGGUGAGGGAUAAGCUACUUCCACAGGCGUGGAAAGAUGAGGGUAUGACGAUAGAUGAUCUGCCCAAAGUGAUUAUUGUCAAAAAGUGAUGGCUAUAUCUGUUGCAGAUGCAGCAACAGAAGAAGAAUACGACACGACUAUGAUGUAGAUUAACGUGUACAGAUAUCCAUGUUACUGUAGCUUGAACACAUGCAUUUUAUUUUGCAAC